AUAUGGCGAAAAAGUGGUUAAAACCACCCCUGACGUGGCAGCUUUAAUUUCUCGGGGGUUGUGUUCGUAUUCCGAAUCCGAAUCCGAAUCGGAACGUAAUCAGCAGCAGAGAACAGCACAGUCACUCUGCAAAUUUCGGAGCGUACGGUUGUCAAGUUUUCGGUCGCCUACGAUUUUUCUCUUUCCCGAUUUCAGCACUCUUCCCGUUCCCGCACACACACACAGCAACUAACUGGAAAAACAGAGGGUGGAGCGGAGAGAGAGGAGGCGACGACUUUCGCUCGAAUUUCUCGCAUUGUUAUUGUUGCUGCGCCGUGUUUAGUGUAUAUACUGUAUACUGCUGUGACUGUGACUCCACUGUGUGUGUGUGUUUUUCCUGGAAGUUCGAAUCGAAUUCUCUUUCCGUCUGCGGCUCACACGUAAAGUUAAAAAAAAAAUAAAUUAGCAUCGAGAAUCCUGAUUUGGAAUUGAAAUCAGAUUCAGAAUCAGAGUCAGAACCAGAGUCAGAGUCACCAUGGCCGACAACAACAACUGCCCGAAAUGCAAAAAAUCGAUCGCCGCCAAGGAGGCGGCCGCCACAAGCAUCGGAUGCAGUGGCGAGGACUGCCGGAGGAGGUUCCACCGCACGUGCGUCAAUAUCGACGAUGCCGUCUUCGAGGCGAUCCAAAAGAACCCGAUGAUAUCGUUCCACUGCGACGAGUGCAAGAAUCAAUCCCCGCGCGCCUUCGCCGCCAAGUUGCACACCAUCGAGGAGAAGGUGAACAAGGUGUGCAACGGGGUCAACCAGAUCCAGGGCCGGAUGUACCAGCAGUACUUCCAGUUCGGCAAUCAGCCGCUCCAGGCACUGGGCGCCGCGGCCGCCGCCGGCGGAGUGGCUGGUGCUGGCGGUCUGGGCGGCGGACUGGAUGGCAAGAAGCAUCCGCAGCAGAACAACCUGAUUGUGGUCGGAAACAACUGCAAUUCGGAUCGAUUGCAGGUGGUCUGCGACUACGGCAGAUGGGUGCAGGUGGGCAAGUUUGCCACCAACACCAGCGAGGAGGAUGUGAUCGAUCAUCUGGCCGAGGAGCUGAAGAUCAACAAGAACCUGGUGAAGUGCACCAAGCUGGUGAAGAACGAUGCCAACCUGUCGCAGUUGUCGUAUUGCAAGUUCAAGAUCUCCAUACCGGACUACCGCUUCAACGAGCUCUUCAACGAGGCCAUCUGGCCCAGCGGCGUGAUGGUCAGCCCCUUCACUCCGCGGUCCCAGCUGAACCAGAACCGCCUCUAGAGGGACGGGCCCGGCGGCCGGGAUAGCGGUGACCGGGCGAGGGUGAAGCAGUAAGAGGAGGAGGAGGUGCUGGAGCAGGAGCUGGAGCAGCAGCUGGAGAUGAAGUACCCAAAGGAGGGGAGUGCGCCUGCGCAGGGAGAGGAUAAACGAAUAGAAGCAGAAGCAGAAGCAGAAGCAGGAGGAGGAGGAACUGCAUCAAGGGGUUGCUAUCCGGCGACUGCCACUACACUUUCCUUUGGGCGAUAAUGGAGCUGCAGCAGGCGGAGGAGGAGGAGGAGCAACUUUGUGCCCCCCACCCCCAUUUGUAUGCUAAUUUUCGACACUCGAGAAAAAAUUGUCUAGAUCUUUAAAAGCUUACAGAACCUAUAUAAUGGAAAACAAACAAGAAUAUUUAUUGAAUUAACUUUGAAAAUGCAUUUUAAAAUGUUUUAGCGUUGCGUAAAUAACGUAAAUGAAAUCGAUAAAGAAACCAAAAAGUAUUUUAAUGGCAAAAACUCACAAGUAAAAUAGAUGUGAAGCAAAAAUA